AUGUCCAAUGACACUCUGAUCACCGGGAAAGGCAAUUGACUGUUCUUGGCUGCACUUUCCUCACGCUGUCAGCGUGCCACUGAUGAUCAGUGUCACGAUGAUCAGUGCCCAGCAGUGCCACCCACCAGUUGUACCCAGCAGUGCUGCCCACCUGUGCCCGGCAGUGCCACCCACCAGUGCCCAGCAGUGCAGCCCUGCAGUGCCGCCAGUCAGUGCCCAGCAGUUGCGCCAAUCAGUGCCGACUAUCAGUGCCGCAUAUUAGUGCAGCCUAUCCGUGCUGCCUAUCAGUGCCCAUUAGUGCCACCUGUCAGUGCCACCUAUCAGUGCAGCCUCAUCAACGCACAUCAGUGAAGGAGAAAAUUUACCUGUUUGCAAAAUUUUAUGA